AUGAGCACGACCUAUCUACCAAAUGAUCAAUUUCCCUUCCAUAUUAAAAAAGCAUUAAAUACAUUGAUUGAAAAACAAAAAGGCAAAUUUACAAGUUUAAUUGAUUAUGGAGUUCCACGUAUUGUGACAGCUACAUCACAUGAUUAUUUUGAUAGACUUGAAAAUUUUGUUGGAUCCAUUCAUGUAAUGUAUGAAUCGAAAGGAAAGGAUUUAAAUCCAAGAAUUAAUUUAAAAACAAUACCCAACGAUGCAAAGAUUAAAAAAGUAUCAGAUUCAAUGGGUUCAAGUUAUUGGUUUGGAUGGAAUACACUUGUUGAAGAGGAGAGUAGACCAAUUCUAGUUUAUGAUUUGGGACUCACCAAGGAACAACGAGAAAAGUGUAAAUCAUGGAAAGGAGUUGAACUUGUGGAUUUGGAUUUUAAUGUAUUACCAAAACAUUUUACAGAAUUGAAAACAUUUGCAUGGAAACCACUUGUCAUGUAUUUGGCAUUACAAAAAUAUCCAUCAAUAAUAUUCUUGGAUAGUGGUGUUGAAUUAUGGAAUAGAUUGGAUAAAAUUGAAGAUAUUUUGUUUACAAAGGGAUAUUUCUAUGUAGUUCAAGAAGGUUUGAGAACUUUAUGGAGAUGUUGUGGUGAUAUUGGAGAAUUAACUCAUGAAACUACAUUUAAUCGAUUGGGUUUAUCAAGAAAAGAGUUUGGUCCAAAGACAAUGUGUAGUGGAGGUAUUCAGGGUUAUAUCAAGGAUUCAUAUGCCUAUAAAAAUGUACUCGUUCCAACAUUGGAAUGUGCUUGGGAGAAGGAAUGUAUGGCACCUACAGGAAGUCACAUGGGCAACCAUCGUCAAGAUCAAUCAGUUUUUUCAUUACUUAUUCACAAAUCAGGUCUAAACUGUGAAACUGAUAUUAGAUUGUGGGGAAAUAGAGGAAAUUAUGUUGAUGUUCCAAAAGAUGAAAUUGUUUUAUUCUUGAGAAAGGGAGCACGUGAAAAGCAAUUUGUUGGAUUUGCAGAAAAAUCAAAGAAAUUUGCCAUUGUUUUACCAUUCAGUGAACAAACCUUUGAAGCACUACUUUCAAAUUUGAAUCUUUGGAAGAAGAAUUACUAUUCGCCAUGCACAUCUUUAUAUAGAAGUGAAUUUGAUAGUGAAAGUGGAAUUGAUUUAAUUUUCUAUACCAAUAAGAAAUUAGGUGAUUCAUCCAUUAGAGAUGUUUCUAGUAGAAUUGAACCAAUUAGAAAAUGUAUCAAGAGUUUUGAAUUUAAAUAUAUUGAUAUGCAAGAUUCUGAAAUGGGAAAUAGAAAUCAACUUUUAAGAUUAGUUCAAGAUGAUUCAUUCCAUUCCAAGUAUCAUAGCUUCUUUUACAUGACAACAUAUUCCCGACCAAUAAGACCAAAUUGGAUCAAUGCAAUUAAUUCCAUUGUCAAAGAUUAUCAACAUUCAAAACCAGAUUUUUGGUAUAUUGGAUCGAAUAAUAGAGCAAACUUUGAAAUGUUUAAUUUUGAUGCUAGUGCUAUUUAUUCAACGGAUAUUUCAUUUAGAACAUUUUUGAAUGACAUUGCUUCAAAACAACAAACUGAUCCAUUCAAAGAUUUAAUGGAACCAAAGAAUUCUGAUUUUACUAGGCAAGUGAUGAGCAAAUUUAUUGUUCAUGAUUUUAUUCAAAAUUGGUUAAAUUUCCCAACAUUUUCUGAAAAGAUUGUCAGAGAUUACAAUUUGAGAACCUAUUUUAUUGAUACGAGACCAUAA